GAAUAUUGCGCAAUAUACGAUACAGUAUAUAUAGAUACAUACAAAAAAUGUAUUUCCGUAUAUUUAGAGAGAGAAACUUGGGGAGAAGAUGGAGAUAGGGAGAUUCGUAUAUAUAUGAGUAUGGCUCCCAAAUCCAACGCAUUUCAAGAGAGAGAGAGAGAGAAAGAGAGAGAGAGAGAGAGAGAGAGACAUAGCGCGAUAGAGUGCGGCGGCAAUGGGAGACUCAAGCGACUCUGUGUCGGUCGACAUUGAUACCAUCUCCCUCGCCGGAAAGGAGCAUAUUGUAAAAACUGGCCAUGGUUCCAUCUCCGUUACUGUUUUUGGAGACCAGGACAAGCCCGCUCUUAUUACCUACCCUGAUCUGGCUUUGAAUUAUAUGUCGUGUUUCCAAGGAUUGUUCUUUUGUCCCGAAGCAUUUUCUUUGCUACUUCAUAAUUUCUCUAUAUACCAUAUAAGUCCUCCUGGGCAUGAGUUGGGAGCUACUACAAUUAGUCCUGAUGAGGCAGUAUUAUCCGUAGAUGAUUUAGCAGACCAGAUUACUGAGGUUCUUGAUUACUUCGGACUUGGUGCAGUGGUGUGUAUGGGAGUUACAGCUGGAGCUUAUGUUCUUACUCUGUUUGCGAUAAAAUACACGAAACGUGUUAUGGGUCUGAUUCUUGUUUCCCCUCUGUGCAAAGCGCCCUCAUGGACGGAAUGGCUAUGUAAUAAGGUUAUGUCAAAUCUGCUUUACUUUUGCGGCAUGUGUAGUUUGGUUAAGGAGUUGUUGCUCAUGCGCUACUUUAGCAAGGAAGUUCGUGGUAGCGUAGAAGUACCUGAAUCCGAUGUAGUUCAAACAUGCCGAAGAUUGCUGGGUGAGAGACAGAGCCCAAAUGUCUGGCGGUUUCUUGAAGCUAUCAAUGAGAGACCGGACAUUACAGAAGGCUUACGGAGGCUGCAUUGUCGUUCAUUAUUAUUCGUGGGCGAAAACUCUCCAUUCCAUUUCGAGGCUCUCCACAUGACUUCGAAGCUCGACAGAAGGUUUAGCGCUUUAGUUGAGGUUCAAGGGUGCGGGUCAAUGGUAACAGAAGAGCAACCCGAUGCAAUGUUGAUACCGUUGGAGUACUUCCUCAUGGGGUUCGGGUUUUACAGGCCAUCGCAGUUUAGCGUAAGCCCAAGAAGUCCGUUAAGUCCAACUAGCAUCUCCCCCGAGCUUUUCUCACCGGAGAGCAUGGGGUUGAAGUUGAAACCGAUUAAAACGAGGAUUUCUAUAGAGGUAUGAGACAAGCAGAAGAAGAUGAAAGCAGGGUAAAGGGGGGUGGGUGAUUUUGUGUAAGAUAUGUAACAAAAUCCCAGAUUUGAAGAUUUAAGGUCAGGGUAGAAAAAAGUUACACGUGGAUUGUAGAUAAGAGAAAUAGAAGGUGAGAGAAAUGAUAGAGAGAAUAAUAUAUAUAUUUUUUUCCCACUUUUUUUUUUUCAACGUUUGUAAUCGAAAUAAUUAGUCAUAAUCUUGUACAUCCCAGAAUAAUUUAUUGUUUUGAUGAUGAUGAUGAAAGGAAUACCAUAAUGAUAAUAAGAAGGCAGGGCAGGUCCCAACUUGUUCUUUGCA